AUUUAAAAUAACAUUACUUUGACAAAUGUCACAAAAAGUUAUUUUGUGGCGAGUUAUAAAAACUUGCUUGUCUGGAUAAUCGAAGAGUCCAAACAGAGUCCAAGGUUCAGAGAAUAUCAAAAAAGAAUAUUUCAAAAACUUUAUAAAACAUGGUUCCUCUAAGGCUAUUAGUCAACAAUGCCAAGCGAGUAUUGCCCAGUGUCCGACCAAUGUCUGCCAAAGCUGGGCCUCUAGUUGACCUAUCAGUAGACAAUGAAGGUAUUGCCACAUUGACCUUGCAAAGACCACCAGUGAACAGCUUGAAUUUAGAUCUGCUGCAAGACAUAGACAAGGCUCUUGAUGAAGUCACUAAAAACAAGGCAAAAGGGAUGAUAUUAACUUCUUCAGCACCAACAACAUUCUCAGCUGGUCUAGACAUCAUGGAGAUGUACAAGCCAGAAAUGAAGAGGGUGGAGACUUUCUGGACUACGCUGCAGGAAGUUUGGCUCAAGUUGUUUGGUUCCAAUUUUAUCACAGUAGCUGCUAUCAAUGGCCAUGCACCAGCCGGUGGCUGCCUGCUAGCGAUGUCAUGUGAAUACAGAGUGAUGGCCAGUGGGAAGUUUUCGACCGGCCUCAACGAGACAGCCCUGGGCAUUGUGGCUCCACGCUGGUUCAUGGACACCAUGUGUAAUACAAUCUCGAAGAGGGAGGCUGAACUAGCGCUCACUUCUGGAAGAAUGUUUAGUGUUGAAGAAGCUCUUAAGGUAGGCCUUAUUGACGAAGUAGCUGCGGAUAAAGCAGAGUGUGUAGAAAAAAGUAAAAACUUCAUAAAGAAGUUCGACAGAAUACCGCCAAUGGCGCGUGCUUACACUAAACAAAAAAUCAGAGGCGACGCCCUUGAUUGGCUUAAAAAAAAUCGUCAGAAUGACCUCAAAGAGUUCCUAGGAUUUGUUACCAGCCCUAAAGUGCAACAAUCGUUAGAAAUGUACAUGCAAAUGUUGAAAAAGAAGGCUGGUAAGUAAUUGUUAUAAGGCUGAAUUGUGGAAUAUUCAUAGCCAUAAGGAUACAGUGUUUUUGUUAAUUAAUAUUGUAGGUAGUGAGAUUUGAUCAGAUCACACUUUUGAGAGAUUCAUUAUUGAGUAGUAAUUGUGUGAUGUGACUUUAUUUUAUGUAAAUAUAUAAAAGUAGCAUGAAAUAUGAGUAAGUUAAUAUGAAAAAUCAGGUAUGAUACAUUUUACACAUGUGAAAUUUUUAUAUAUUGUAUUUUACACCAUGCUUAUUCGAAAUAUAUUGUUUUGUAAAAUAA